UCAGAGUAACAUUCACACACAGCAGUCAGCAGUGCUCUUAAGGACUUUUAAAGUGUGUUACAGUAUUAGUAUAACAGCAGUAUUAUAGCGAUUAUUCCAGAUAUUGUUCAAAAUGAGUGUUUGUGCGCUGCUGUUGAUGUCGCUGUGCGCAUGCGCAGAGUUUGCCGAAGCCUGCAGCUGUUCUCCUACACAUCCCCAGCAAGCUUAUUGCAACGCAGAUAUCGUUAUCAGAGCUAAAGUAGUGGGACAUAAGGAGGUGGUUACUGGCAAUGACAUCAAUGGUAAUCCCGUCAAGAUGAUCUUAUAUGAUAUCAAACAGACAAAGAUGUUUAAGGGACCCGAUGGGGAAAUUGACACUAUCAUCACAGGCCCGUCCGCAGCUCUAUGUGGCGUUCACCUUGACAGCAAUGACAAAGAAUACCUGAUCACAGGUAAUCUGGAUUCAAACGGCACAUUGCGUGUUAAUCUCUGUGACUACAUUGAAUCUUGGGAGUCACUGAGUUUGACUCAGAAGAAGAGUUUGGGACAGCGCUACCAGAUGGGCUGUGAGUGUAAGAUUAUUCCAUGUUCUGUCAUUCCCUGCUCCAUCACUGAUGCUGCUGAGUGUCUGUGGACUGAUUGGGUGGUGGAGGGAACUGUUCAAGGGCCUCAGGCUCAGUAUUACACCUGCAUUAAAAGACAUGACGGCAGCUGCUCCUGGUACCGUGGACCCGCCCCACCUAAACCACAGUUCCUGAACGUGGAGGAUCCUCAAUAUAGCUCCCAACAUCACUGAUUCAGAAAGCACUCAUGACACAGUUAAUUGCUUGAAAUAUAUUCCAGUCAUAUAAGUGUUGUGUCUGAAGAAUGUGUUCUGUUGUUUUCAUCAUUUUGCACAGUUCAAGACCCGAAAGGUUGAUCAGGACAAAGACAGCUCCUUUAACCAGGAAUGUCUGAAUUGUGUGCAAAAACAGUGUCAUAUGUACAUACAGUAGAACUAUAAUACAAGAUCUGGCAAUAAUUGUAUAAUGUACAUGAUUUUGCUCUGAAUGGGUCAAGAAAACAAAUAUUCGAAUAAUAUCCUAAAGAAGCGACUUAUGUUUUGCUUUUUUUGUUUUCUGUAUAGCCACUCUGCUAUAGAGUAAAUUGUGAAGUGCGCUAUAUAAAUAAUCUUAUAUUGAAAAUAUGCUGUGGGUUCUUCUUAAUUGCUGCAUUUUUUCUUUCUUAAAAUAAAGGAAUGCUGUAUUUUUUUCUUUAAAUUUGUGUAGUUUUCCUGUGUUAAAACUAUUUUAAAAUAGUUUGAGAUUUGCAAAAUUGGCUGUUAAUUACUCGUAUUAUUGUAACUGUUUUAUGAAUAAAAGAGCAGAAACAUUC